CUGAAACAUUAUUAACCAAUUAACACUCCCAAAGAAAGCGAGCAACAUACUACUAUGCCUUGAAGGAUCGGGAUAACGGCGAUCCCAACAUAUCCCAAAUAGGCAGGCAUCAAGUGUAAAACCACCACCAACAUACAUAAAUAAACAAACGCACCAUAAGGAAAUCGUAGAAAAAACCUCGUCCUCACAAUCCCCCAGCCUCCUCCUCCAAAAAUGUCCAACUCAACAACCAACUCCACCAGCUGCUCCUCCAUCACCCCAACCCCCUUCUUCGACCACAGCUGUGCCCUACUAGCACCGCCUGGUUCCAGCCUCGAAAAGCCCAGCGCGCUGUAUGACUGUUGUCAGGGAACCACCUUUAGCUACGGCGAUAGCAAUCUAAUAGACUGCUACGCUUAUUGCAACGCCACGGGUGUAAAGGAGGCUAGGGACAUGGAAUCUUGCUUGAAGGACUACUUUUCGUCACGAUCGGAUACCACCACUGUGUGGAAGUGUAAUACGGUGGAUAAUGGUGCGGCGAUGCAGGGGAGGGCUAGUGGCUGGGGUGGCUUGGUGGUGCUGGGUCUUGUGGUCUCAGCGAUUACGACUAUGAUGUAGGAAUAUUAUAUUGGCAAGGUCGGCGAGAAGGGUCGUGCUACAACGCUAGAAGAUGGCAGAGAAUUGAUGGCAGCGAGUGUUACCGCGGCUAGAGAUAUAAGCAUGCGCGGCGAGCUUGGACCGUAUCACAAAUGCGCAUUUAGCUUCCGGCGGUUGGAAAUAUAAUCUCAAUUGGC